AUGAAACUGCAAAACCAAGUUUAUGCAAAUAAUCAAGAAAAAUCUACUGAUGAAAUGUUUCAAGACAUUCAGAGAUAAAAUAAGGAAAUUGAUGACAAAUUCAUGAGUGUCAAGGAAGAAUUGAGUAUUCUAAAACAUUCGUCUCACAUUCUAAUUGAAUAAUAUUUCAGCAAAAUCUCCUAAAAGCUUGAUUUUAAACAAAUAAUCAAGGAAGAUAUACCUGAACUCCAAGAAUUACUUAAAUAUAGUAAAAAGGAUCCUAUCAAACUAGAAAAACUCUUCAAUGGCAAAGCGAAUCAAAUUAACUUUAAAAUUUCAGAUGCAAAUAUUGCAAUGCAAGUUAAAGUUGAACUGGAAAAUAGAAUUAAAGACAUUUAAAUGAAAGUAUUAGCUCCACUAUAAGUCCAGCCAUAAUUUUAAGAUAUCAAGCCAUAGAUUAUCCAAUAAUAGUAAAUCAAACCUCUGUAAAAGAACAUUGAAUUAGUUAAAUAGGAAAAUUAAGAGAAAGAAAAAAAUGUAGAAAAAAUGUAUUUUGAGAUUUCAUCAAGCGAAGAACCUAGCUUAAAAAAAGAAUCAAUAGAAAUCAAAUUGAGACCCGCUGAAGAAAUUAAGCAGUAAAACUCUCAUAAAUAAAUGAAUAACAAUCGCAAACUAAAACGGUAAGUACUUUCAGAUUCAAGCAGAUUGAGCUUUAGUGAUUAAGAAUUCAGUGAUGAAGCUUCAGUAAAAAAGAGAGGGGCUAAAUAAAUUGAAAAAAGAAAUCUCAGAAGUCAAGUGAAAGACUAGUCUGACUUUUAGCUUAAAUUAGUUUUCACUCCUAAAAAUGUUAUAUUAGAAGGAUUAGAUGAGAACUGCUUCAAUUACAGCUUGUUCUUCUUUGAAAACUACAACACCAUAAGAUAUUUGACAUUUGAUGUUGAUUGGAGUAAAGGCGUUAUUGGAUAAAUUUUUGAUAACAAUUAUAAAAAACACAGAGAUACAUUUGGAAUCAUAGACCACUAAUUCACUCAAGCACAAUCGCUUCAAUAAAUGAGACUUCAAUUGGCUUUUGGAAUCGACUAAUCUUUUAUUGAACCCACUCUUUACAAAUAAGAUAACUCAAAUCCAGAUUAGAUCGAUAAUUUUAUCAAUUUGGAAGAAGACGAAGAAACAGAUAUUGAUCAUAGCCGCCAUCAUAGAUCCUUUUAUUCAAUAGAGGUCUUUAAAAAUGAAAUUUUCAUUAUUGGGGGCAGCUCAACUAAUAACCAUCUCCUGAAUUAUGAAAUGUCAUACGAUAUUAUACUAAAGGAUCUAUAGGACUUGGAAGUAAAGUAUUAGCCUCAUGACCUCUCAGGUUUAAAUUUCCCUAGAACUGGCCAUAGUUCUUUUAUAGUAGAUGAUUAUCUUUUUGUCAUUUUUGGUUAGUCUCAAACAGAAUGUGAAUACAUCAAAUUGUCAGUUAAACCUGAGGACAGGAAAUUUGAAAAAAUUAAAAUUGAAUUUGAUACUGAUUAUGAAGAAUUCGAGAAAGCUAUUGUAUUUAAAGAGAAUAAUAAUCCUUAAUCUGAAAUUAUCUAUUUCAUUGGUGGAAGCUUUAAGCAAAGGCGUUCAGGAAAUAAUAUAUUACAGCUUAAUUAAAUUAAGGUAAUCUGGGACUAAAAUGUCAAACCUUAAGGUAUUGAAGUAUGCAAAGUACAAGGCGUUUAGGAUUUCCAGUAUAAGCCACCCAAAGAUCAUUAAAAAAAAUGCUUAGAGUUUUCUUAAAGAUUGAAGUCUAAAUUGUACAACAAGGACUUAAAUAUUUGGUAUUUUAUUGAUGAUGAGUAGCAAUUAAUCAUUUAUGAUGUUGGCAAAAAGAAAUUUCACUAAAAAUGCUGUAAGGUUAAGAAUGGCUUUUGA